UUGCUCGCGGGCGGUGGUGGUGGUGCAACGUGCCCUCGGUCGUCCCGAAUCCGGGUUCAUCCGACACCGACACCGGCCCCGCCGCCCCGGGACCGCCCCGCCGGGACCGCCAUGCCUCCCAAGUUCGACCCCAACGAGAUCAAAGUCGUAUUCCUGAGAUGCACAGGUGGGGAAGUCGGUGCUACAUCUGCUCUGGCUCCAAAGAUUGGACCGCUGGGCUUGUCUCCCAAAAAAGUUGGUGAUGACAUAGCGAAAGCAACUGGUGACUGGAAGGGAUUGAGGAUCACAGUUAAACUUACCAUCCAAAACAGACAGGCCCAGAUUGAGGUGGUUCCCUCUGCCUCGGCCCUGAUCAUCAAAGCCCUUAAAGAGCCACCACGUGACAGAAAGAAGCAAAAAAACAUCAAACACAGUGGCAGUGUCAGCUUUGAUGAAAUUGUCGGUAUUGCUCGUCAGAUGAGGCAUCGAUCCUUGGCCAGGGACCUUUCUGGAACUAUUAAGGAGAUCUUGGGCACAGCCCAGUCUGUGGGCUGCAACAUUGAUGGCAGGCAUCCCCAUGAUGUCAUCGAUGACAUUAACAGCGGUGCUGUGGAGUGUCCAGCUAGUUAAAGCAGCAGGGAAGAGUUGCAAUAAAUGAACAUUUGACAA